UUUUCCAGCGGAGCGUCAGGGCAGCAUUAUCAACCAAGCUACAGUUUCCAAGCUAACUAUGAAAAAAGCUGUAGGGUAAUUCAUAGAGCUGACACAGGGUUGGACCAUGUGGUGAUGCCAUGCAGAGGAGACACAGCAGCAACACGGAUGGCAUGCCCUCUGAACGGAGCCGAAGCCAAACUCUGGGAUCUGAGAGCAGUCUGGAUGAAGGUGGUGUGUUUGACUGCCUGAAGCCUGACUCGUCCACUUCACCCCAGCAGAUCUUCUCAGGCCUGGUGGGUGUCCCCUCCAGUUCUGUCUCGUCUGCCCAGUUCCAGGCAGCCGGCUUAGUCUUGGGCUCUCCGCCUGAAGUUUUUAUCCAGAUGACUGCAUCAUCCAGAGAAGAAGGGGGACCGCAUCGCACAGAGGGUGGAACUUUUCUCCCCCGGCCACCCCAGCACCACCACCACCAUCACCACCAUCACUUCCACCACCAGCCCCUGCAGCACAGGACCUCGUCUCUGCUCCAGCAGGCUACCACAGCGGCUGGCUCCGAGAGGCACGGCCCCAGGGAGGAGGCCCAGGAUGACCAGUCCACCCCGGCCCCAGCUUUGUCUGAGCUGAAGGCGGUGGUCACCUGGCUGCAGAGGGGCUUUCCUUUUAUCCUCAUUUUGCUGGCUAAAGUCUGCUUUCAGCAUAAACUAGGUAUUGCUGUGUGUGUGGGGAUGGCCAGCACGUUUGCCUAUGCUAAUUCCACGUUUAGGCACCAAGUGUCAUUACGGGAGGAGCGUUCUGUAUUUGUUGCUCUGUGGAUCAUCAUCUUCCUCGGAGGAAACAUUGUGUAUGUCUACUAUACAUUUAGUCACGAGGAGCUGCACAACAGUCUCAUAUUUGCAAAGCCCAACCUGAGCAGCUUUGACUUCUUUGAUCUGAUCUGGGUGGUGGGAAUCACUGACUUUGUCCUGAAAUACGUCACCAUCGGCCUGAAGUGCUUUGUCCUCUUUCUGCCCAAGAUCCUCCUGGCCUUCAAAUCCAGGGGUAAGUUCUAUCUUCUCAUCGAAGAGCUGAGCCAGCUGUUUCGGGCUUUGGUUCCCAUCCAGUUGUGGUACAAGUACAUCAUGGGAGAAAACCCCUCAAACAGUUACUUUCUGGGAGCCACACUCAUCAUCAUCUACAGCCUCUGCAAGUCCUUUGACAUUUGUGGACGUCUAUCUGCGAUACGCAAGGCCAUGGUCAUGCUGUGCAGCUCCCAGAGCUACGGGGUGAGGGCCGGCAGUCAGCAGUGCAGCGAGGCAGGUGAUGCGUGUGCCAUCUGUCAGGCUGAUUUCAGAGACCCCAUAGCCCUCCUCUGUCAGCAUGUGUUCUGCGAGGAGUGCCUGUGUUUGUGGUUCGACCGCGAGCGGACGUGUCCGUUGUGCCGCUCCACCGUCAUUGAGACCUUGCGAUGCUGGAAGGACGGAACCACCUCCGCUCACUUCCAGAUCUACUGACUCUGAAAGCACGAAUGUGAUCAGGAUUGUGAUGUAAUGCAAGUGAGACAAUGAUGUGAUUAUCAUUUAAAUCAGAAUAAGCAUAGUUGCUCUAAUACGUGCAUAAACCAAAUGGUGUCACUUAAAGCAUGAAACCUGACUGUUGUAUAGCUGCUUUUUGUAUAAGUUACUUGAUAAAAAUGUUUAUUUGAUUUACUCUGAUAUUUUUAUUUGUUGUAAAUUUGGCUCAAUUAUUCUUUAAGAUUUUGUCACAUACUGUUUCUAUUUACUAAGUUAUACUGUUGAUAUAUAACAUGUUGUUUUAUUAGUUUUUCUCCAUUUAAACAAAAUGAAACCUCUCACAAUGAUUGUCGGAACAAAAUGACUUCAAACGUUUGUACUAUGUGUAGGUAGAAAAAGUUGUUGCUUAGUAAAGAUACUGUGACGG